UUGCAUAACAGGGGCAAUCGAUUCUCCUCGGAUAUAUUGCAUCUCUUUGCAGUUUUGCGCUCCCUGAAUUCCCUCCCUACUGGCAUGGAUCUCACAACGGUUUGCGCAUUAAUCUGCGCAGCAAAUUUCUCAUACUGGUUGUCUCCUCUGACUCCAGUUUUGUCGUCUGCUUGCAGUCUGCUAGGUUGUGGUACCAGUGCUACGUCAGCGUUCAACAUGUCUGGAACAGCCGGUACCUUAGCGUUAGCUGCCGAGGCUAAAGGGAAGAGUGAUUUCCCUCGACAAUAUGACAUCAACAUUGAAUAUGGUACGGCGGGGUUCCGCUCAAAAGCUGAACAUUUGGACCACAUUUUAUAUAGGAUGGGUCUCCUUGCGGCGUUGAGGUCUCGGGUCAAAGGGGCUACGGUUGGUGUUAUGAUUACAGCUUCACACAAUCCUGUUGCUGACAAUGGAGUGAAAAUUAUUGAUCCUCAAGGGGAAAUGCUAGAAAUAAGGUGGGAAACAAUUGCCUCUGAUCUAGCAAACAUAAAAGAUGAUGAACUAAGCUCUGCUUUGCUCCAAAUAAUUAAAGACGAGAGUAUUGAUGUUACUAAGCCUGCAAGUGUAUUUUUUGGGAGGGACACAAGACCAAGCAGCGAACAUCUAUCAAAUGCUGCUGUUGAAGGGAGCAAGGUAUUUCAAGCUGAAGUAAAAGACUUUGGAAUUGUCACUACACCAAUGGUUCACUAUUUUGUGGCAGCUCACAAUUCCAACAAUGAGUAUGGAGAUCCAACUAUUGAUGGUUAUUUUGAAAAGCUGGCUAAUGCUUUUCGAUCCUUUAGAGAAGAAGUGGUCAGUGAAAGGGGGCCUGAAAGUGGGAAUUAUGAACCCAAAAUUGUAGCAGACAUGGCUAAUGGUGUAGGAGGGCCAAUGUUAAAAAAAAUGUCUGAGCUCAUCAAAGAUUUGUUAACAAUUGAACUUUUUAAUACAGGGGAAGGAGAACUGAACCACGAGUCUGGUGCUGAUUAUGUGAAAGUGCGCCAAACACUGCCAAAGCGAGUGCGCAUCAAGGCUAAAGAUCGCUGUGUGUCUUUUGAUGGAGAUGCUGACAGAAUUGUUUAUUACUACCAAGAUCAAUCUGUGAAAUUCCGGUUGCUUGACGGAGACCGCAUUGCGUCCCUGGUGGCUGGAUAUCUUAAAAGUCUAUUAGACAUCAUGAAUAUAGAGCUCAACGUGGGUGUUGUACAAACUGCAUAUGCAAAUGGUGCUUCUACAAAGUAUAUAAAAGAAGUCUUGAAACUAAAAGUUGCUUGUGUACCCACUGGAGUAAAGUAUUUACAUCACAAAGCUCAAGAAUUCGAUAUUGGUAUCUAUUUUGAAGCAAAUGGUCAUGGAACGGUAUUGUUUAGUAAGAAAACUAAAGUGUUGGUAAAAGCUGCCCGAGAAGACAAAAGUUCUGUUUUCUACAGGUUAGCAGGUGGAAAACGCAGUGCAGCCAGGAAAAUGCUGACAUUCAUUGAUAUGGUGAAUGAGACUACGGGUGAUUCCAUUUCUGACCUGCUUAUUGUAGAAACUAUCCUACAUGCAAGAGGCUGGAGUGUUGAAGAUUGGGAAAACUGCUACACAGAUCUCCCAAAUCGCCAAUUGAAAGUUACUGUUCAGGACCGUAAUGUCAUUAAAGUCAUUGAUGCUGAAUGCAAUAUAAGUGAACCAGAAGGUUUGCAGGAUGACUUUGACAGACUAAUUUCAAUGUUUGCGGAAGGCAGAGCUUUUGUCAGACCUUCUGGUACCGAAGAUGUUGUUAGAGUGUAUGCUGAAUCGAACACACAAGCCAAUGCUGACAAAUUGGCUGUUCACAUCGCAAAACUUGUGCAUCAAAAAGCUGGAGGUAUUGGCGAUGCACCAACAUGGAUCAUGAAAUGAAUGGAGAUAUUACAAAGCAAUAUCGUUCAUUUUUGUUGGUACUGAUGAACAGACCUAUGAACAGAAUGGGAGCUGGUGUAAGGUUUAAGUGAUUUGUCUAGACUGAUACAUUUUAUAAGCCAACUUUUAAAUGAUAGUCAUGAUGUUUAUGAAAUGUUAUGACUGUGGUGAUGGUUUGUCAUGUUGUCCUCAUGUAAUUUUUCUACAAAGUGCUGUAGCACAUAUUUUUAUGCAAUUUUUAUAGGAAUUUGAACUUUUUUUACUGGAUAUAAUGUACUUACAUUGCUCAUUCUAAAAAUACUAUUAGUUUUCUCACAAACACAUUCCAAUAGAAAUAGUACGUUCUGACAUCCACUGCAUAGUUUUAAAAUUAAAAAACAAAGUUAAUGUAAUAAUCUUUCACUCUUUAUUCUCUUAUCAAUUAAAACCGAUUUAAUAAAGUAGUAGCUAUUUUGGUUGGAUGCUGCUCAUCAAGUGCACGAAAUUCAAGAGCACACUUCUUCCUCCCUAAUACACAAUCUACUUCAUUGUACAAUAGUGCCUGCAAAAUGUGUUACAAAAUUAAUAAAUAUGUUGACGAGUUCAUAAUGAGA